AACUGGUUUAAGAUAUUAUGCCACAUUUGACUUGGUCGCGUUAAUUCAAAGUAUUUUUUGUUUUAAUAGUAAGUUAGAAUGCGUGUAGGUUUGAAACGUUUGAUUAGCUUGUUAGCUAAUUUGGUUUAGCCAAUGUGGUGUGGGACUGGGAGAGUCCACAGAGUUGUUAAUCUGGAUUCAGAUUGGGACAGUUCACGCCACGGUGUCUUUGAUAUGGAUUCGAACUGGGAUUGGCACAGUCCUGAGAGCCGUUAAUCUGGAUCCAGACUAGGACAGUUCACGGUGUUUUAAUAUGGAUUCGAACUGGGAUUGGGACAGUCCUGAGAGCCGUUCUCAGAUGGACCAGAUCUUUUUCCGGCAGCAUGACUACAUCCAGGCUGGUAGUCCGGAGCACAGUGAGUUCUGGUCUUUUUUUCUACGCUUCCAGAGGUUUAAAACAAAGAAGGACAUGUCUGGAUCCAGCCGGAACAAGGAUGAAGAGAAGGAGACGUCAAAGACUGGCACUGAAAGGCUCGAUCUUGGCCUUCCCAAAGAAUAUGAUGCCCGCUAUCGGAUAAAUGUAUCUGUGUGUACCAGGAAUGUGGAGGAGCGCCUUGGACAGACACAGCACAGAAAGAAGCAGAGGUCCUCAGGUCCAGGGCCUCAGGAGGUCACAGACUGCCGCCUGGCUCUCUUGCACUUUUUGGACUUUAACCAGAAACAGAAUUUUGGGAGAUUGGCCAAACUUCGCCGUGAACAGAAAAACUUGCCCAUCUUCCAGUAUCGUGACCGCGUAGUGGAGCUGGUGCGAUGCCACCCUGUGGUGGUGGUGGCAGGGGACACAGGCUGUGGGAAGUCGACCCAAGUGCCACAGUAUCUUCUCUCUUCUGGCUUCAGCCACAUAGCCUGCACUCAGCCUCGGCGUAUUGCCUGUAUAUCCCUCGCAAAGAGGGUUAGCUUUGAGAGUCUCAAUCAGUAUGGCUCAAAGGUAAGCUACCAGAUCCGUUUUGAGACAACCAGGACCACUGCCACCAAACUGCUGUUCCUGACUGAGGGGCUGCUGCUGCGGCAGAUCCAGCAGGACACAACACUUUCUCAGUACCAGGUGGUGAUUGUAGAUGAGGUGCACGAGCGGCAUCUCCACUGUGACUUCCUCCUUGGGGUGCUGCAUUCUUUGCUGACCAGCCGCCCGGACCUGCGUCUCAUCCUCAUGUCGGCUACCAUCAACAUCAAACUCUUCUCUGACUAUUUCAACAGCGCCCCUGUGCUGCAGGUACCAGGCCGGCUUUUUCCCAUUCAGGUAAUCUACCGUCCCAUACCUCCUGAGGAGCAGCCCUCUCGCUCUGAGAAGCUGGAUCCCAGACCUUACCUACGCAUCCUGCAGGGUAUCGACCAGCGUUACCCCCCAGAGGAGCGUGGCGACCUGCUGCUCUUCCUCAGUGGUGUUGCAGAGAUCUCCACUAUCCAGGAGGCCUGUCAGGUUUAUGCUACACACACCCGUCGUUGGAUUAUCUUACCUCUGCACAGUACCCUCUCUUUGGCACAGCAGGACAAGGUGUUUGACAUUGCGCCUCCUGGUGUGAGAAAGUGCAUCAUCUCGACCAAUAUCGCAGAGACCUCCGUUACAAUCGAUGGAGUGCGCUUUGUUGUUGACUCAGGAAAAGUAAAGGAAAUGAGUUUUGAUCCAAAGGCAAAGAUGCAACGUCUGCAGGAGUUCUGGAUCAGUCGAGCCAGCUCUGAGCAGAGGAAAGGCCGAGCUGGUCGUACAGGUCCAGGAGUGUGUUACCGCCUCUAUGCGGAGUCUGACUAUGAUGCCUUCGCCCCUUAUCCUGUCCCUGAAAUCCACAGAGUAGCACUGGACUCCCUCAUUCUCCAGAUGAAGAGCAUGAAUCUUGGGGACCCUCUUUCUUUUGUUUUCAUUGAUCCACCUCCAGCUGCGAGUAUUCAGACAGCAGUUGCAUAUCUGAAACAACAGGGGGCGCUAGACAGUCGCGGUGAACUGACAUCUAUCGGGAUGUUGCUUGCACAGCUGCCUGUGGAUGUGGUCAUCGGGAAGAUGCUGGUGCUCGGCUCAUUAUUUAACCUGGUGGAGCCUGUGUUGACGGUGGCAGCAGCCCUCAGUGUGCAGUCACCUUUUCUCCGCAGCACACAGCACAAUCCCGACUGCACCACAGCCCGCCAGCCCCUGCACAGCAAUCAGGGAGACCCCUUCACACUGCUCAACACCUUCAAUGCCUGGAUGGAGGGGAAGGCAGAGAGAGGUGGAGGCUCAAGGAAGUGGUGCAGGAGAAGAGGGCUGGAGGAGCAGCGUCUUUAUGAGAUGGUCAACCUACGUAGACAGUUCAAGGAGUUGCUGAGGAGCCAUGGUCUGCUGGAAGUAGAGUACAGUGCUCCUUCUGAUGGUGACCGUGUGCAGCGUAGAGAGAGGCUGACUGAGAGGAGAAAGCUACAUCAGCUGAAGAGACACCACGAUCAGCAGGAGGGCAGCAAGCGUAAAGUCCUGAGGAUGGAUGAGGGACAGGACGGAGACUUCUCCUCAGGGUCAGACACAGAGGACACAGGCAGGCGCAAGAAAGAUAAGGACGGUUCUGGAGAGAGCAUGGACAUACAGGAUGUGAAGUUCAAGUUGCGACACAACAUGUCAGAGCUGCAGGAGGCGGUCAGUGUGAGUCAAGACUUGUCCUCCCGACAGCAGAGUCUGCUCAAGCUGCUGCUGUGCCGAGGCCUCUACCCUCAGCUGGCACUGCCAGAUGAACACAACUCCACCCGCAAAGACUCAGAGCAGGUGUUUCAUACAAAAAAUAAACAAGGAGUAGUGAUUCACCCGACCAGUGUGUUUGCCAGUGAUCCAGAGGUGUUACAUGUUCCUGAGGACGACACCAUAGAAAUGGGACCUGAUCGGAGGGACAGCAGCAAACACCAGCUGUUAGCCUUUGUCACUCUGUUGGAGACCAACAAGCCAUAUUUAUCCAACUGUGUGCGUGUCCCUGCCCUGCAGGCCUUGCUGCUGGUCGCAAACUCCGUGGACAGUAACGCUGACUGCACCCGUCUGGUGGUGGAUGGCUGGUUGGAGCUGGAGCUGAAAGAGGCAGAGGAGGCCCUGAAUGUGCUUUCAACAGCCCUCUCCCUUAGGGCUGAGUGGGAGCGCCUCAUACAAUCCCAUCUGGGUCAGGGUCUGGCACAAGGACCGACGGCCCAGGGACUGUCCCGCAGAGCCAUGGAGAAGCUGAUCGACCGCCUGGUUCACUUCCUGCUCUACACCGAGGUCACUUACAGCCUGCGCCGGCUCACAGCGUUACAGACCCAGAACCUGUAUGUUGGUCCUGUACCUGAGCCAGAUCAGACUCUUAGUGGGGCUCCAAACCCAAUCCCACUGUUUCCAGGUGUGGAGGCAAAACCAGACCCCUUUAAAGGUGGCCUCUGUGUAACCAGCUUCUUCACCUACAACUGCCUGGCUGACUCAAAGGACCUGUACAGUGAGUGUUUACGCACUUUCUGGAGUUGUCCAAACUGUGAGCUCUACAUGCCUCUGACUCUGCUGGAGCGCAUGCAGCACGAGGCCGCCUGUCGGCCAGCAGGAGAACAGCAGGACGAAGAGGCAGACAGUGUCAAGCCGGGGCCGUCUUCUGCGUCACGUCUCACCCGAGUUUAUCACUGUGACGUCUGUGAUGAAGAUUUGACCCUCACCUCCACGGAGAUCCUCAAACACAAACGGCAGCACGCUGCCACUUAACCGAUGAGUAAAUGACAGCUGGUCACAACUGUGAUAAAUGUAUCAGUUAUUAAAUAAAAAUAUUUGCUU